AACAAACCUCGUAGCAAAUGUCGACAGACCCACUUCCAACGUUUUCUUCCCAUUCUACACCUGCAAACCCGCAAUUCAUAGCCAAUUUUGCCCCAAAAACCUCAGAUUCGUCGUAUCAGUCAUUAUUGAAGUCGCCACAACCUGGGCCAUCAACAUGGCAGUCGAGUAACAAUCCGACCCCUCAAAAAGCUCAAAAGAAGAAAUUGAGAACCUCGGAGGAAAAUGAGAUUACAGAUGCCACUGCAGCCAGGUUUGUAUCACGACUGGCAGAGGAUCAUGCCGCCGCCCUCAACCCCGAUGUCGAUUCCCCAUUUAUAGACACUGUCGACAUAGUGAAACGCCUUCUUCCUUAUCACAUAUAUCUAAAUCCCAAGGAGGAUCUGAAGCCUCUGAUAUUCGAUCGUAAGGGAAAGAGUAGGGCGGAUCAGCUGAGGAAGGAAAAUGAAGAAACGAAGUUUGCUUUGAGUUGUUUCAAAAGGCGAAGAAACCUUGAAAAGCGGUUCAGAAUUGCCAGGAUUAAAACGGGCCAAACACCUUUCAAGGAAGCAGCUGUAGUACUUGAUCAAGUUGUACUGGAGACUGAGAGAUCAGAAUUGGCAAAACUCAACAGCGAGCUUAGGGCAGCCCGUGCUGAACUAGAGAGACUAGAAAGAGCAAAGCGAGCGGCUUCCAGUACACCGAGACACUCUUACUAUCCCUCGGCUGUACCAACGAGUGUUCCCACCGCACCGACUGCUUACUAUCGAGCCUAUCCGUAUGCGUACGCCCAGGCGUACGGUACAGCGUUAGCAACACCUCCCUCCAUCUCCACUUUCGCAAUCACUCCCACCGCAGCUGCAGCUGCACCUGUAUCUACAUCACACUCAGCCCAAGCGCCAGUACAUGGAUCAUCAGCACCGACAACAUCAACGCUAGUACCAGCCGCCAUACCCGCACCAACGGCGGCAUCACCGUCGGAUCUGCAAUUCCUGUGCAACUACCUCUGUCUUCACUCCCAGCUCUCCAUCAACUCGGUAUCAUACCCGCCGUAGCAUCAGCACCAGCAACGGGACAACCGGCUCCCGCUGCUAUUUUACGUGGUUCCGCUGGCAAUAUGCUCAACCUGGAAAUCAAUGUAUCACAACUUCAACCAGCUCAGAUGAGCGGGUUAGCUCUCAUCUUGAACUCUUUGAUGUCCCGCACAAAUUCUCCAUCGGUUGCUCAGGUAUCUGCUACCCCUCUAUCCUCAGCCGCAACAACAUCAGCAAGCACCACAUCUAAUAUAACGGC